AUGUCGUCAACAUCUUCCUCUCAAUUUCAACAGUUGGAAAAAUUAGGUGAAGGUACAUAUGCGACAGUAUAUAAGGGCCGUAACAGACAAUUGGGCACCCUUGUGGCUCUCAAAGAAAUCAACUUGGAUUCUGAAGAGGGCACACCAUCUACAGCAAUUAGAGAGAUCUCUUUGAUGAAGGAAUUAAGACAUGAGAAUAUAGUUACAUUGUAUGAUGUGAUACACACGGAGAACAAGCUUACAUUAGUGUUUGAGUAUAUGGAUGAGGAUUUAAAAAAAUACAUGGAUGCAUAUGGCUAUAAGAAUGGUGCAUUGGACCCUCAGGUAGUUAAAUCUUUUAUGUUUCAGCUAUUGAAAGGUAUUGCAUUUUGCCAUGAUAAUAGAGUUCUUCAUAGAGACUUGAAGCCUCAGAACUUAUUGAUCAGUCAUAAGGGAGCGUUGAAGCUUGGUGAUUUUGGUCUUGCUAGAGCCUUUGGUAUUCCAGUCAACACGUUUUCCAAUGAGGUGGUUACUUUAUGGUACCGAUCACCGGAUGUUCUUCUUGGUUCAAGAAACUACUCCACUUCCAUCGACAUGUGGUCUGCUGGUUGUAUAUUGGCUGAGAUGUUUACAGGCAAGCCUCUCUUUCCCGGAUCGUCGAACGAAGACCAAUUGAUGAAGAUUUUUAGAAUUAUGGGUACUCCAAAUGAAAGAACGUGGCCUGGAGUUUCCAGUUAUCCUAAUUACAAGUCAAAUUUUGAUGUGUUCAUUCCUCAGGAUUUAAGGAUUCUGAUUCCAAGUCUUGACAAUGUGGCUCUAAAUCUUUUACAAGGAUUACUCCAAAUGAGACCCGACAUGCGAUUUAGUGCUAGGCAGGCUUUGAACCAUCCUUGGAUGGAUGAGUAUAAUAGGGGAGGUAAAUCUCCAUUCGAUGUAUUCCAGAGACAGCAACAACCUCAACAGUCACAAGCACAUAACUCACAAGACCCCCAGAACAUACAGAACAUUCAGAACCCACAGAAUCUAGAAAACCCACAGAAUCCAGAGAACCCUCAACAACAGCCACUCCAACAGCAGCAACUUCAACAACAACAGCUUCAAAGUAAUCAACAACAACAACAACAACAACAACAGCAACAAACUCAGGCUUACGGUUAUCAGAUGUAA